AUGCUUCCAUCAGACAUCAGCCGAUCGCUCAGUAAGCAAUGGCCUUGUCGAGAGCUCCAGACCAGACAGCUUGCCAGUCUUCUCGGCCCUAGAAUUUCCAGCCCAUCCACAUUAGUUGUACACGGAAUAUCCGCAACUUGCAAAACGACUAUCGUCCGCAAUGUCCUCGCUGCCCUCGAAGUCCCACAUGCUAUUGUCCGGAGUCCGGAAUGCAUCACCGGCCGUCAUCUCCUAACGAAGAUCCUCUGGGCAACGCUUGAAGCGCUUGGGAAACGCGACGAAUGGGAGAAAUACGGCAAGGGAAGGUGCGAGCAUGUUAGCUCCCUGGCUGUGCUGCUGGGCGAAUGUCUUGCCUCAUUAUCGGACGGCAGCAGUAAUGACAAGGGCAAGUUCGUGCUGGUUUUGGAUGGGAUAGAUAAGCAGCGUGAAGCACCGCAUACUCUGUUGUCUGCGCUGGCGAGGCUGGGAGAAGUGAUUCCAUCCCUAUGUGUCGUCCUUAUCCUCAGCUCCAGUCCGCGGCCGCUGUUUCUUCAAGCUGCGGGCGUUCCGCAUAUUAGCUUCCCUCCGUAUACGCGCAAAGAGGCCGUCACGAUUAUCUUGAACGCUGGACCGCCUGCUGUGAGUGGUCUGGAUGACGAGACAGCUUCGAGAUUAUACCCGCAUUUUGUGUCCGCUAUAUAUGACUCUCUGGUUGGGCCUACGGCGAGUUCUAUUCCUACGUUCAGAUCGAUAUGCGAGAAGAUAUGGCCUCAGUUCGUUGCUCCCAUCACCAACGGCGAUAUCCCGCCUGGGGGAAGCAAUGAAUGGGACUUCUCGCGACUUCUGGUCAAAAACCGUGCUUUAUUCCGCCAUCAAGGCGAAGGCGCUCUUGUACAUCACAUUGUCACCGAAGAAUCAGCUCCCGCAAAUGGCUCCCUAUCGAAGCCGUCAAUGUCGGCCGUCUCGGCCCCUUCACCCCUUCCUUCUUUACCUUACUUCCCGACCUUGAUCUUGACCUCCGCAUACCUUGCAUCACAUACACCCCAACGGCUCGAUACCAUCUUCUUCUCGAAAUUCUCUUCCUCUUCCUUAUCUGCUCGGAAUAAACGCGCACAUCAUCGGCGACGGUUGAAGGUGCUUUCCCGAGCCCAGGCGGAGGAUAGUCGGGAGGCGAGCCGAGGCCCGUCAACCCCUAGCAAGAAAGGCAAAAGAGAGAAGACUCGCAUCACGAAAUCCACUCUGGAGUCUGCCUUUGCUACUUCCUCUGCCACUACUUCGGCUGUGGGCAGCAACGCCGGUAUCACCGGUCCGUCAACGAUCCUAACAGCCCGUCCUUUCCCGCUCGAGCGACUGAUCGCUAUCUACCACGCCAUUGACCCCAAUCCCCCAGCAAACCCCAUCCGAUUGGCGGCGGUUUCCGAUGCGAUAUACGCCGAGCUUGCUACAUUACGUCGGUUACGACUCGUGGUGCCAGCGGCAGGUCGCGAGAGCGGCGGUCGCAUGGGGCUCGGGUCCGGAGGGUUAAGUAGCGGUAACACGACCUCGGAUGCUGGUGAGAAAUGGUGCGUCAAUGUCUCGGGCGACUGGAUCGGAGAGUUGGCCAAGACAGUAGGCGUCGAGGUUGGCGAAUGGUUGGCGGGAGGGUUGGAUUAA